AUGCUGACUAUGUUUUUCAAAUUAAAUAUUAGUGAGAUCUAUUUAAUCUUGGCUAUUUGUUCUUUAAUUGCAAUAGGAGUUCUGAUUAAAUUUGGAAUUGAUUAAAAGUAUAGAAAAGUAAUAAUAAUAAUAAGAUAUUUUAGACAUAAUCCAGUUUAUUAAUACUAUUUGGACUUAUUUUUUGCUACACAUUAUUUUAUAUAGGAAUAUUGUUUUUUUUAUUGAUCUCAGUACACAAUUAUUGGACAUGUAAAAUUUCAUAUAUUAUUAUUAGCUGUUCUAGUAUAUACUGUAUUCUAAACAUAAAUAUGCUUUAACUUUAUUACAAAUUUUAUAAUAUUAAUCUAUCUCUUUUUUGAAAAGACUAAAAUAAGAGUGAUUUGUAAUUAAACUAAUUAUUUUUAGAUGUUUGCUUUGUAGAGUUUGCCAUUAUUGUUUUGUUAGGAAUUUUUUAUCCACCCUUCUUCUAUUUACUUAUAGUUGUCAUACCCUAUCCUCUAUGUGUUUUAAAUGUUUUUAAGUAAAUUCUAAAAGGAAGAGUAAGAAUUUAAUAUUAAUCAUCUAGUUUAAUUUAUAAUCAGAUGAAGUAGUUGCAGCAUCCAUUGCAGCAUUUUAUGGCAUGUUUGUUAGUUGUGAAGAUUGA